CUUCAUCUCAUUAGUCAUUACUCAUGACUCAUUACUACAUUUCUUCUUCUCUCUAGAAAAAUCCUCAAAACGUUACAUUGACAUUUUCUUCUUCUUCCCACACUUAAUUUUUCCUAUAACCGUUUCUGUUUUGAAUGUGUAAUGUUAGGGUUUCUUAAAUAGAACCAAUUUUUGAGUUGAAAAACACACAAAAAAAACCCAGAAGUUGAAAAGGGAAAAAAUGGGGGUAGAAUCAUGGUGUUUUUGUAAUGGAGGUGGGAAAUCAGAGAGAAUGAAAGGUAGUAUUUUUACUAGUAAAGGUCCAGCAAUGGCUAAAGUAUGUGGUGGUACUGGAUUUUUAAUCCAUAGAAAUCUACUCCUAACUACUCAUAUUAAUCUUCCUUCUGUAACUGCUGCUGAAGAAGCUGAAGAGAUUCGAUUGCAGCAUAAUGUUGCUGCUAGACUUGUUCCUCACAGGUUUUUCAUCACCAGCUCGGUUCUUGAUCUUACAAUAGUGGGAUUGGAUGCCAUCGAUGGGGAUUCAGUUUCACAAAACCAGCAGCCUCAUUACAUAAAGACCUGCUCAAAUCCAUCUCUGGAUCUGGGAUGUGUAGUUUACCUUUUGGGUCACACAGAAAAGAAAGAAUUGACAAUCGGUGAAGGAAAAGUGGUAAUUGCCACUGAUAACCUUAUAAAACUAUCAACAGAUGGAAUAACAUGGAGCCCAGGAUCUGCAGGGUUUGAUGUUCAAGGUAACCUAGCUUUCAUGGUCUGUGAUCCCAUGAAGCUAGCUUCUUCUCCAACUGCCAAAUCUUCAUCCACUUCAACAUCAUCGUCGCCGUCCUCGUGGAAAAAAGACCAUCCAAUGCAAUUCGGAAUCCCAAUUCCCAUCAUUUGUGAUUGGUUAAACCAGCACUGGGAGGGAAGCUUAGACGAUCUUAACAAACCCAAACUUCCACUCAUUCGACUAAUGUCCUCGGGACAAAAGAGUGACCAUUCUUGUGCGUCUUUCACCCUUCGUCAAGUUUUCAAACCAACUGAGGGUGAAAAUGAUGAAACACCAUCAUCAUCAAAUAUCGUUUCAAAACCCAGAAAUCAACCUGGACCUAGCUGUGCUGCCUCCGGAAAUAUAUGCCAAGAGGAAAUCUUUGUUUCUCAUGAGCAAGGAAUUCCAACUCCAGAGAUCUAUGAAUCACCAAGAUUGACUUCAGUUCCAUUUCAUAGGAAAGAAAAUAGCAACACACACAUCCAACUUUUGGAUAUAAAUUUCCCCCCCAGAAGUGUUCCGAAAUCUAUAGUUCUUCCUGUUCCUAUUAAACGCCUGCCUCCUAGUUCAGAUGAGAAGCUGCUUACCCCAUUGAACAACAUUCUCUCACGACAAGAACAAGAUGCUCCAAGGCAACCAUGUCCUGCCACAGAUGCUGAUAUUAUCUCUACUGGUUCGGUCAGUGAAGAUCAAAGUGAAGUCCAGUCUAGUUCAUCUCCUAUACAUGCUUCACAUUUCCCGUAUGAGAUAAAAGCUUUCCAGGGCGAUUACAGUAGUGAUGGGGAAACAACAAUGUACUCAGCCGAAACUAUGGAGAGCAGAAAUUACACUAGUCCUAGAGAGGGAAAGUUCCAGCAAGUGGGUAGAAGCCAAAGUUGUGUGAGCUACAAUAGAAGAAGUUCCUCUGCUGAAAGAAAUCCAACAACACGAAAUUCAGCCACGGAAAAGCAGCAGAGUUUCAUCCCAGGAAGAAAAACUUAUUCACAUGGUGCAUCAUCUCAGAGAAGCCAUGAUUUUCACAGUCCCACUGUUUCCUCUAUCAUAAAAAGAAGGAUGAACAAGGAACCUAUAAUUAGACCCCGACAGAACACAGUUCAAACCUCUCCAAGAUGGAACUUUUAAAUGAUUCUUGGGGAGUAGAAUUCAUCAAAAUCUGUUUGAAGGCCUGCAAAUUUAUGGCGACCUGUUGUAGUCAUCGCCUUUUGUGUAACCAUUUUUUGUUUCCUUAUUGUGAUUUGUAUGUGCAGAAUGAUCUGAAGUUGAAUAAAGAAAAUUCAGCCAGAUUGUGUAAUACAGCUGCUCAGGGAAAAAAGGUAUUUAUCUCAAUGCCCUGCUUCCAGCAACUGGUUUCCUUGUCGGAAAUAGUUUGCUGGUUUCCUUGUUGGAAAUAGUUUGCUGGUUUCCUUGUUGGAAAUAGUUUGCUCUUUUGAAAUUAUAUUGGAAAGAUUAGUGACUCUUUUGUUACAAUCAGUUCAUAUCAUCAAUGGCAAUAGAAAUUAGAAAGUGUCUAAA